AAAAAGCUCUCUUCAGGGCACCAGAGUAGUUUCAACUUUCAAAUCAGUAUCCGCGCUAACUGAAAAUUAGCUCAAAGAGAGGCUACAGUUGCAGUAGUUUACAGUUAUUGCCAUUUGCCAUAAAAAAGCCAGAAAUAGACUACAUUUUGCUGUUUCAUUGUACUAAAUUUUUGUAUGCGCACAAUUUAACUAUAGAUAACAGCCUAGGGUUUUGGGGUUUUGGAGUUAAGCGUCGAAAAUGGAAGCAGCAGUCAUAGAUGCUGGAUCUAAGUUUCUCAAAGCUGGCACGGCGGUUCCAGAUCAAGCCCCGCCCAUGAUAAUUCCUACCCAAAUGAAGCGUGUGCUUGAAGAUGGUACGUCAGCUGAUAGUUCAUUAUUUGGGGAUAUCAAUGUUGAUCCAGUUGUUCGAGGUUAUAUAAGAGAUUGGGAUGCUAUGGAAGAUUUGCUGCAGUAUGUUCUGUACACAGGGCUUGAAUGGGAAGAGGGCAAUGAAGGACAAAUCUUGUUUACUGAUCCUCUUUCUACCCCUAAGUCUGUCAGGGAACAAUUGGUGCAAUUGAUGUUUGAAACAUUUAAUGUUUCGGGGUUUUAUGCAUCAGAGCAAGCAGUUUUAUCCCUUUAUGCAGUUGGGCGUAUAUCUGGAUGCACAGUUGAUAUUGGUCAUGGGAAGAUAGAUAUUGCGCCAGUAAUUGAAGGUGCUGUUCAGCACAUUGCUUCUAGAAGAUUUGAAAUUGGUGGUACUGAUUUGACUAAGUUACUAGCCCAAGAACUGGCUAAAUCUAAUCCUUCCAUGAAUCUCAAUGUUGCUGAUGUUGAGAUAAUAAAAGAAAAGUAUUCCUGUUGUGCUGAAGACGAGGUUGCUUAUGAGAAGACCCAACAGUCAAGUGAGAGCGAAGAGCAUACCCUUCCUGAUGGACAGGUGAUAAAAAUUGGAAAAGAAAGAUAUACUGUUGGUGAGGCUUUAUUCCAACCAUCAAUAUUGGGUUUAGAGGCACAUGGAAUUGUUGAGCUGCUUGUUCGUAGCAUUUCAACAGUCUCUUCUGAGAACCACCGGCAGCUGUUGGAAAAUACUGUACUUUGUGGUGGCAUAACUUCUAUGCCUGGUUUUGAAGAUAGGUUCCAGAAAGAAGCUAGCCUGUGCUCAUCAGCUAUUCGUCCUUCACUUGUAAAGCCCCCAGAAUAUAUGCCAGCUGAGUUGACUCAGUAUUCAGCAUGGGUAGGGGGUGCCAUUCUUGCUAAAGUAGUAUUCCCUCAAAAUCAGCAUGUUACCAAGGGGGAUUACGAUGAAGCUGGACCAUCCAUUGUUCACCGGAAAUGCUUUUGAGACUCUGCAUACAAGUGAGUUAAAUUUUUUUGUCCAUUCCUACUUGUAUUAUAAUAGGUGGUUAUCAUGUAACAAAACCAUAGAUUGACUUAGUUAUUAACUGGGGAAAAUGGAAACUUUCCAAAUGGCUCUGAUGCAUGUUGGUGCAGUUGACUAGUUAGUUCUUACCUUUUGAAAAUGAUCUUGUGACUUUGCUCAUUUUUAUAUAAUGUUACAAGUUAAUUGAGCAAUUAUGUGUCGAGCAGAACUAUUUACAUUUGAAACGAUGACAGUUCCUGGUGUUUCUGAAAUGACUAUCGGAUAAUCUACAUUUUCUAUUGUAUUA